CUGAGAACCAUAACCAAUCUGGAUACCAAUCGAAAGGAAGUUGUUAGGAUUGUUUCUUUCUAGGGCGAGGGUACUGAUUCGAAGACAAAUAUCAAUAAAUCAUCCACAAAAACCCCACAGUCGUCUUCCUAUGAUUCAUUUCGGAAGGCUUUCCCUUAAAUUAAUUCCCCCUUUCAAACCCCCUCCUCCACCACCUCAAAUUUCUCUCUAAUGGCCUCUUCUUCUUCUUCUUCUUCUUCUUCUAUCCUCCUCCAAAAUCUCUCCGAUGAAAAUUACGCAGAAGAGUUACAGCUUCAAGAAGUUAUCACUUCCUCCUUAUUAUCCUCUCCGAUUAAUCCAUCCCCAACACCCCACUCUUCUACCUCCCAACUUCUCUGUUCAAUCUGUACAGACGCAAAAUCCCAUUCCCAAAUGUUCACCAACAGAGUAUGUACACAUACAUUCUGCACCGCUUGCAUCUCAAACCACAUCGCUGCAAAGCUUGAGGUUGCAAUGGCAGUGAAGUGUCCGGAGCCGAAUUGCGGGACGGUGCUGGAGCCGGAGAUGUGUGGAUCCUUCGUACCGAAGAGGGUUUUGGAGCGGUGGGCGGAUGCUCUGUUUGAGGCGAUGAUUCUGAAGUGGAAGAGAUUGAAUUGUCCGUUUAAGGAUUGUGGGGCGGCGAUAAUUGAUGAAGGGGGUGAGGAAGGGGUGACGGCGGUGGAAUGUGGGAGUUGUUGGAGGUUGUUUUGUGCAGAAUGUAGAGUGGGAUGGCAUGGGGAAAUGGAAUGUGGAGAGUUUCAGAGACUGAGGAAAGAGGCGGGUGUAAGUGGAGAUAAAGAUGAUGCGAUGACAGUGAAAUUAGCUGAGAACAAGAAAUGGAGGAGAUGUCCUCAUUGUAAAAUUUAUGUUGAGAAGACUGUUGGUUGUGUUCAUAUCGUCUGCAGGUGUGGAUCGGAUUUUUGCUACAGCUGUGGAGCUAAGUGGGGUGGUGGUCAUGCUUGUAAGGCUUCAGCUUAUGAACGUACUGUCUAUCGACGUUGAUUACAACCCAUCUUUCAUCCAUAUGCAUGAAUUCAAAAUUGUUAGAAUUUCAUUUUAAUGUUUUAACAGUUGGAUUUUAAAACUAAAUUUUCAGAUUUUAUUGAACAGGCAUAACUAGAUGUUCAAUGGUAUGUUAUGAAAUGAAAUAAAACAAGAUGUUAAAAAAUUUACGUACCAAAGUAAAGAGAAACAUCUCUUUUACUUGAAA